AUGGAGGGAGGAGGAAGGCGAGCUCCGGUGACGGGCUCCUCUCGGAGGAUUCCUUUCUCUAUCCUCUUGCUUCUUCUAUGCGCGUUGUCGCAGAGGCCCGCCGCCGCCGUCAGGAAGGUCGGCAGCACUGCCUCCUCCUGCUGGUUUGUUUCCUCUGUUGAUCAGAAUCUGACUCUUUCUCUCUCAUCUGCAGUCGUACGUCGUUUACAUGGGGACCCAUUCUCGCAGGGGGGAAGAAGCCUCCCUGGUCCGGACGGAGGAGGUGGAGGCCGCCCACCACGUAUUCCUGGGAUCCUUCUUGGGCAGGUGACAGACACUUUAUUGGCCGGCACGCGGCAUCUUCUUCUUCCUGAGAAUCGGGCUGACGUCUGUCUCCGCAUUUUUCAGCGAAGAGGCGGCGCGGGGUGCUAUCUUCUACUCCUACUCAAGGUUCAUCAAUGGCUUCGCCGCAACGCUCGAAGACGAGGAGGUCGCGGAGAUUUCGAGUGGGACAGUGCUCUCUCUCUCUCUCUCUCUCUCUCUCUCUCUCUCCCUCUCCUCUUCCACCUUCUUUCGCCUUCGUUCGCCUUCGUCGUCGCUCCUCCAGCUCUGAUCCUCCUCUGCCACCGCGACAGAGUCGCCGGCGGUCAUGGCGGUAUUCCCAAACGAGGGAAGGCAGCUGCAAACGACGCGUUCUUGGAACUUCCUCGGACUGGAGAGCGGCGGUGUGGUUCCGCCGAACUCCAUUUGGACGAAGGCCAUGUUCGGGAAGGACACCAUCAUCGGAAGCCUGGACACCGGUACUUCUUCUCCCAAUCUCUCUUUCCCUCUCUCCUCUUGUUCUCAUUGAGCUCUGCCGCCGGCAGGGGUAUGGCCGGAGUCCGCCAGCUUCGACGACAGCAACUUGGGGCCUAUUCCGGCGAGAUGGAAGGGGGCCUGCGACCGCGGCGGCGACCGGAGCUUCUCCUGCAACAGGUGAAUCCGACCCUCUCCCUCCACGCUGUUCGCCUGUGGACGCGGGCCGCCUCCGUGCACCAAAUAUCCGAUAGAUUCAAACGGCCUGAACUUCUAUUGAUUUCUCUUGAUUAAAUAAAUAGUUUAAUUACAGCUAUUAUGAUAGUGACAGAGGUCAACGCUGACGAUUUUUUUUUUGCUGAAUUAUCGACCCAAAAAUUAAAAGAUAAAAGAGAUAUCCUGAAAUAGUUGUUGCACUCGAAAAAGAUAUAGAACCUGAUAACAGGGCAGUGCUCAAUCGAAUGGAUGAUUAGACGGCACGCAUGAUUUGAAUUCUGAUUUCGGUGUGGUCUAUCGAUCGAAUUGAUGAACGCUAAGAUUUUGGUGGUCCAGGAAACUGAUAGGGGCCAGAUAUUUCAACAAGGGGUACGUGGCAGCCGUGGGGCCCAUUAACCCCAAGUUGAACAGUCCUCGCGAUUUCGACGGACAUGGGACCCACACCCUCUCCACGGCCGCAGGUACCUUCGUGCCCGGGGUCAAUCUCUUCGGCUUAGGCAACGGGACGGCCAAGGGCGGGGCGCCCAGAGCCCGGGUGGCGGCGUACAAGGUCUGCUGGAAACCGGUAGACGCCGGAAGCUGCUUCGACGCCGACAUUCUCGCCGCCAUCGACGCCGCCAUCCACGACGGCGUCGACGUGCUCUCCAUCUCCCUCGGCGGGAACCCCAGCGACUACGCCGUCGACGCGCUGGCCAUCGGGUCGUUCCACGCCGUGAAGAAUGGAAUCACCGUCGCCUGCUCCGGCGGCAACUCCGGCCCGGCCUCGGGGUCAAUAUCAAACGUCGCCCCGUGGAUCUUCACCAUUGCCGCCAGCACCAUGGACCGGAAGUUCCCCUCCGCCGCCGUCCUCGGCAACAGGGCGGCGCUCGAGGUCACGCUCCUCCUUCCUUCCUUCCUUCCUUCCGUCAUCUUCCUCGGGGAGCUCACUAUGCCGCCGCGUUCUUCUCGCAGGGGGAGAGCCUCUCGGCGACGAGCCUCCCGGCGGGGAAGCUCUACCCUCUGAUCAACUCCGCCGCCGCUCGGGCCGGAAACUCGAACCUCACCGCCGCGUAACGACGACCGCGGCCCUCCCUCCCUCUCUUAAUCGUCGUCUUGGUGGCGUCCCGAUUGGGAGUGACGGAGGACUUUGGGGGUGGUUCUUGCAGGCAGCUCUGCUUCUUGGGUUCUCUGGAUCCGGAGAAGGUGAAGGGGAAGAUCGUGGCGUGCCUCCGGGGGAUCAACGCGAGGGUGGAGAAGGGGCAGGCCGUGCUCCUCGCCGGUGGCGCCGGAAUGAUCCUCGCGAACUCGGAAGAGCAGGGUAACGAAGUCAUCGCAGACGCCCACCUCCUCCCCGCCGUCCAUCUCUCUUAUCAUAAGGGCAUCACUCUCUACAAGUACAUCAUUUCAACAAGGUGAGCAGCUUACAACCCUAAUCCGUGCCUCUUUCUCAUCAGCCGACGCCCUCUGAUGAGGCUGGUUUGGCUGCAGCAAGCCCCUGGGCACCAUCACCGCGCCCGCAACCGCGACAAAUAUCAAGCCAUCGCCUUUCAUGGCUGCCUUCUCGUCUAAAGGACCCAACCUCAUCACCCCAGAGAUCCUGAAGGUUCUCCUCCAUUACCCAUCUCACUCCGUUCUCUCUCUCUCUCUCUCUCUCUCUCUCUCUCUCUCACCCCAUCUUUCUCUCCCUCAUUCCCUACGUCUCGCUCUAUAUAUACAUAUAUCUAUUCAUCUGUGUAUCAAUCUGUCAAUCUUUCUGUGUAUCUAUCUUCCUAUCUUUAUUUCCAUCUUUCUAUCGUUCUAUCUAGCAUCUAUUUAUCUAUCUAUGUAUCUCUCUAUGUUUCUAACUAUGUUUCUGUUUAUGUUUCUGUCUAUCUUUCUAUCUAUGCAUCUAACAACCUGUCUAUCUAUCUAUCUAUCUAUAUAUGUAUCCUUUUGUCUCGAUACUUAUCAUUCACUCUCUUGACGUUUGAAUGGGUGGCAGCCGGAUAUCACCGCGCCCGGUGUCAGCGUCAUCGCUGCCUACAGCGAAGCUGUGGGUCCAACGGGCCUGGACUUCGACAAGCGGAGGGUGCCGUACGUCACGAUAUCAGGAACGUCGAUGUCGUGCCCCCAUAUCUCGGGAAUCGCCGCACUCCUCAAAACCCUGUACCCCGACUGGAGCCCGGCGGCGAUCAAGUCUGCCAUCAUGACCACAGGUGAGCACAGAGUCAGAGCUGUAUGAAAGUUUGCCCAGUUUUUCGACAACUAAUCUUGGUCUCUUGCUGCUUUUACUCUGCUGCAGCGACGACCGAAGAUAACCUGGGGAAGCCCAUACUCGAUUCCUCAUUCUUGGCAGCCACCCCGUUCAGCUACGGCGCCGGGCACGUCCGUCCGAACCUCGCCAUGGAUCCGGGCCUUGUCUACGACCUGACGGUGGAGGACUACCUCCUGUUUCUCUGCGCCCUCGGGUACAACUCCAGUCAGGUCGCCAUGUUCUCCGAGGCGUCCUUCUCUUGCCCGAAGAGCCCCUCCAAGCUUCUGGACUUCAACUACCCCUCCAUCAGCGUCCCGCAGCUCUCCAACCAGACGACCGUCACCAGGAAGGUGACGAACGUCGGCCCACCAGGUAUAUACAGAGCCCGAGUGGUACCGCCGCCGGGAAUCUCCGUGAAGGUGAAUCCGGAGAGAAUCGCGUUCAAAAGUGUCGGCGAGGUGAAGGAGUUCAAGGUCACAAUGGAGGCCGAGAGAAGCGCGGCAGUCUUUGAAUACCUCUUCGGGAGGUUGACCUGGUCUGACGGGGUCCACAAUGUUGGAAGUCCCCUGAUGGUCUUGGUCCUGCCGAAGGACCGGUGA